CGCCUUCACCCAAAUCCCUUGUGCCCUUCUCUCUCUCUUUCUAUCUUUCCGAGUUCCCUUACUGGUCGCUCCUCCCUUCUUUCUCUCUCUCUCCUCCCCCUUAGAUAUUAUGCCUCUUUUUUCUCUCACUUAGAUAUUCUCUCUCUCUCUCUCUCCCUCUCCACCACAUCCUCCGUUGCCUUUUGGGCAGUGAGCUUCUCCAGAGAUGGGUUGUGUUGUUUGGAUUCCUCUGGUGUAGAAGAAGAAGAAGAAGAAGAAGAAGAAGAAGAAUGAAGGGUGGGAAAGAAGACGGGGAGAAAUUAAUGGGUCCUCUCUUCCCUCGUCUGCACGUCAAUGACACUGCGGAUAAGGGAGGGCCGAGGGCUCCCCCCAGGAACAAAAUGGCUCUCUACGAGCAGCUCAGCAUCCCCUCCCAGAGGUACGGCUCAUCCGCCUCAUCGGCGCCCGUCCCUCUUCACAACAACGGGGCUCUGUUCUCUCCUGCGGCCUCCAGCCAGGGCUGUGGUCAUGAUAGGACUCUUUUUCAAUCAUUUUAUGCCCAAAAAGCACCAUCCUAUUCAACAGACAAGGUUAACUCACGCUCUUCUGAUGGAGUAAGUGGUAAUGCAGCGUCUGUCAGUUUGGAACCAAAGUUUGUGAAGAACAUGAGCUUUAAGGCAUCAAAUGUUGGCCGUGCAUCCUCCGCAGUGGAACACACUUCAUUUCACCGGCAUGAUGCCUCCAACAAAAGGGACUUAGGUGGGAGAAAAGACAGAGAUGAUGAUGAUUUCAUGGUUCCCACAUUAGCUGACCCUGGGACUGUAACUAAGGAGAAAGUGGAUCUGACUCUUCCUCCUGCAUAUUCAGGUCAUUGCGCUGCUACUGAAAGCAGCAAUCCUCCAAAGCACAUAGCUAAUAGUUGCAGUUGUGCAACGGAAAUGCAGAAAUCUGAAGAUAAAUCUGGAAAAAAAUCAAAUAACUUGAGCAAAAAGUUAAUAUCUUCUGGCGAUCCUGCUGAUUAUGCAAACUGUCCAGCUGAAGGGAAACAAAAUGGAUCUGGGCUUGCUGUACAUUCCAUUGAGAAGAUUGCAUCAACUCCACUUGCAGAAGUAAUACUUUCAGAACGGCCUAGAUAUGUGAAAUGCUCACUUAGUCGAGACCGUCUAUGUGGUCCUUCAAAUGGUGUAGGAUCAAUGUGUAAUGAACCAGGCUCUUGUCCAGACUCUAGGUGUGAACGACCAUUGGGUGACAAUGGUUGCAGUAAUGAAGCCUCAACCAAGGCCAGAAGCAAGACUGAUAUUGAUAUGUCUGAAAGAGGAGGCUUCUUGAAGAUAAGAAAUGAACACCCAUCUAGUGAAUCACCUGCUAAUAGCAAUGAAAGUCCUAGUGAAAAUAAAACAAGUGGUAAAGUGCAACCAGGUGAUAAAGAUAGAAAUGAUGAUGCAUCUGAAACAUCCAUGCUGGACACAGUGUCAGGCCUGGAAAUAUCUCCUGAUGACAUUGUAGGGGUCAUCGGUCCAAAGCAAUUCUGGAAAGCAAGAAGAGCAAUGGUAAACCAACAGAGGCUCUUUUCUGUUCAAGUGUUUGAAUUGCAUAGGUUAAUAAAGGUUCAGAAAUUAUUUGCUGGGUCUCCACACUUGUUACUGGAGGAUGAAUUGUACUUGACAAUUCCAUCAAAAAAGGCAGCAGAUAGUAAAAUUCUUUCUGAUUUGAAUUCAAAACCACAACCACCAAUUGUCAAACAGAACGAAGUGCCUCCAGAAGUUAGCGAGACUGCCAAGUUUCCAACUGCAGGGAAACCAGUUUCAUCUGUUGGUGAUGGCAUUACGAAAAAAGAACUUACUAAUCAAGCAUCGAGCAAUGGACAUUGUAAUGGUCCGCAGGACCCAGCGGCUGCUGAUGGCAGAAAUACAGCUUGGUGCUUUCCUCCAAUGGGUACUCAGUGGCUAGUCCCUGUUAUGUCUCCUUCGGAGGGGCUUAUCUACAAGCCUAUUGCAGGCCCAUGUCCUCCUGCUGGUGGACUUAUGUCUCCGGUUUAUAGUACUUGUACCCCUUUAGGUCUUCCUGUCAUCGGUGACUUAAAUAAUUCGGCUUAUGUGCUCCCACCGUCCCAACAGGGUGGCAUUGCAAUUUUACCACCAGGUGCACAAGGCUACUUUCCACCAUACGGCGUUGAUGUUGUUAACCCAAUGCUUUCUGGUAGGAUGCCUUGUGAACAAGCUAAUGCCCCCCCUGGUAACCUGUCACAUAGUCAAGCCGAGCAGUCCUCAGCUGCAGAGGCUAACAUGAACAUGCAUUCUCGAGGCUCCUGCAACAUGUCCAGCCGAAAGGGCGAUGCAUUCUCCUGUCACAAUGUAAAAUUCCAGGCCCGCAAGGAGAGCGAAUUCCAAGGGAGUUCUGCAAGCACUCCAAGCAUCCGUUUUGAGAAGAUGAAGGAGGCAGCAGGUCAGGCAUCUGAGGGACGGGAUUCUGUACAGCUUCUUCCCCAAACUCCAGCGGCAGUGGACAAUCUGGAUAGGAGGGGACAUGCAGAGAGUGGCGAGCAUCAUAGUAGAGUGAUCAAAGUCGUGCCACAUAAUCCUUUGACCGCAUCAGAGUCUGCAGCAAGAAUAUUUCGGUCAAUUCAGAAGGAGCGGCAACGGUAUGACUCGUUGUAACAAUUAGCAUUUCUUAAAGGGUAAACUGUUUUGUUAUUUCGUCGAAGUCUCAAACCUAUCCUUUCGCAGGAUCCUGUCAAUACUUGUAAGCUAGUGUAAUAUUGUGUGUAAUUGUUUUGUUUGCCUUGGCAUAAAUUAUGUAACUGGAUGUUUGUCAUAAGAUAUACAGAUGGAAAGCAUUUCUGUGGUACUGAAUCAAA